UGUCCCCUCAUGAACUUCAGUGUUUCAUAAUUUUGUUUCUCACGGACUAUGAGAAUGUGACACGCGUGUAUGUGAGCCUUGUGAUUGUGCAAUGUUUACUCUCUAAUAAUAAUGUAAGUGGAUAUGACCGACAUUGUCGUUGAAAUGACAUGUCAUCUCAUUUAGCUGUAUGUUGUUCAGUGUGCGUGCAUGUUUUCUUGCUGAGGAGCGCAUGGGUGCCGUGACCCGGUGUCGGUUAAAAAUGACUUCUCCUUACUUCGCUGAGAAAGACUACUGUACUGUACGAACCAGGAGAGGAGUUGAGAACCGCUGCAGUCUAUCCGUGCUUAAAAGCAGAAUGUCAAGGAGCGUGAAACCACCAGAUUCUGAUACAGUAGGAAUUAAGGAGGAGAAAGAAGAGCAUUGCAUCACUUCAGACGAGACCCAUGCUCUGGUGGCUAAUGGAUCCCAGGCAGGAAACGUCUCCAAGCCCGGGACCUCAGUACAAAACAACGAGACUGACGCUUUAACUCACACUUUGCCGGCCUCGUCACGUAAGCCCAGGAGAGCUCAGGUCAAGGUGGAGUAUGAACUGGAGAAUGGUGCAGCAGUUAAAAAAGAACCUCACUGGGAGCCAACUAACUGGAUGCAACAAUUAGCAAAUAUCCGUGAGAUGAGGAGCGCGAGAGACGCACCUGUUGACCAGAUGGGCGCCGCCAAGUGCUUUGAUACACACGUUGCACCCAAGGUGAUGCGGUACCAGGUGUUGAUUUCCCUCAUGCUCUCUAGUCAGACUAAAGACCAGGUGACUGCAGCAGCCAUGCAACGACUGAGAGCACACGGCCUCACGGUGGCAGCCAUCCUUAACACCGAUGACGCCACCCUGGGGAACCUCAUCUACCCAGUGGGGUUUUGGAGGACCAAAGUGAAAUACAUAAAGCAGAGCACGGCCAUGAUCCAGCAGGAGUACGAUGGGGACAUCCCCAACUCUGUGGAAGGAUUAGUGCGCCUGUCUGGAGUGGGGCCCAAGAUGGCACACCUCGCCAUGGAUAUUGCCUGGAAGCAAAUCUCUGGCAUUGGGGUGGACACGCACGUGCAUCGCAUCUCUAACAGGCUGGGUUGGACUCCAACCUCAACAAAAAACCCGGAGGGGACACGCCGAGCUUUGGAAGAGUGGUUGCCAAGGGACCUCUGGAGUGAGAUCAACUGGCUGCUGGUGGGGUUUGGUCAGCAGGUGUGUCUGCCUGUUGGUCCCCUGUGCGCCUCGUGCCUUCUCCGGCACUGCUGUCCCUCGGCUUUUAAGUGUUCCCCCAGUAAGAGGCCAACACCUAGUGACCCCCGGUCUCCAGGGAGGAGCUCCAGCCAGGGCCAGGGCAAGGGCAAGGUCAAGGCAGGCUCCCCACUUCAACAUAGGGUCAAAGAGGAUCCAAACCCUGUUACACAUCCUGCUCUGGAAGAUGAAUCUAUACUCAAAGCUAAGUCUUCCAGUCAAUGUGGCAUGAAAGAAGAGCCGGAGACUGUCCCUCUAUCUCCACCUGUUCUGAGAAAGAGAUCCAAAAUAAAGACCAACACUUCUUCACUGCACUGAUCAUUGUUGACCGAUGUUGUAUAUGUAGUUUAAAGAUGUAUUAGUUCUUUUUAAGACUGACUUUUAUAAGGCACUACCAUAUAAAUCAAAUGUGUUUCUUUGUUUAUUCCACACCUGUUUUUUACUCUUUACUUUCUCUCUAAACUCGUUGUCCUUGCCACUAGGUGGCGGUAGUUGAUUACAGAGUACUUAUUUCUCACUGGUUUGUGUGGUUAUAUGUUUUAUUCCAUGUAAACGAAAUAAACUUUAUAUAUUUGUUUGGUGA